AUGGCUCACCUGGGGCGCGUUUUGCGACGGCUUGAGUCCUUUCGAAAGCUCGAUAACAUCCAUACUGACGACUCCUCCACCACGACAGAAGCGCCACAGGUCAAUCUCCCACAUGUGGACACACAGCUAAACAUGCACCAAUGCAACGGCUUUUUUGAAGACGAGUCUGGCGAUGGGCUGAUGGGGGGUGACAAUGCUAUUGACAAUGGUCUAACAGCAGACUUGAACAAUUUCUCAUCGCAGACCUCCAACGCCCCCGAAAGCCCAAAUCUCAACCUCGCCGAAGCCCCCACAGAAUGGUCCGCCGUCGGCCAUGCCGCAACCGGCAAAUCCGGACGCGUUAUCCACAACCUCCAAGAAGAGAUCGCGCGCCUCACCCGCGAAUGCAGCUUAUACCGCUCUCGCUCGGAGGAAACACAACGCUCCAACGAAGCGCUCAAAAUCCAAGCCCAGAACAUGAACGAGAGGUUACGAAACUUAGAACAAGUCAACGAGACAAACUUAAAUUCCAUUGCCCGGAAGGAUCGGAAAAUCGAAGAACUUCGCGCCGAGCAUGCUGGCGAAAGGAGUAAGCGCCAGGACGCCGAAGAAGACGCCAGCAGAACAAAUGAUACCAUGCGCGAAGAGCGGGAAAAUCAUCAUCGAGAGCAGGCGCGUAUGCAGGAGAUAGCCAAGUACCAUGAGACACAGUAUGAUGUUUUAUCCAGCAUGACAAAGCGCGAGAAAAUCGAGCUCAACCGUCGGGUAAAGGCGCUAUGGGGUGAGUUGCAGUUGAUGGCAGAGGCUCAGAAAUCACAAGCAGAGUGUGCGGAGCGAUUGGACGUCAUUGCCGACCAAAAGAAUCGGGAGGUGGAGGCAUUGAAGGAGGUACAUGAGAAAUUAUUGGAGAACCAUACGGACUACAAGAAGACGAAGGAUGAAGAGCUGCGUGGGACAAUUGAGCGAGCCCAUGCCAAUAAUGCCAUGAUUGAUGCCGCUAUUUUGAAAUUGAAGGAGACCGAAGCCGAGAUGAAGUGGGCUAUUCAGUUGAACAAGAAUCAAGUUCAAGAUUAA